UGCCAGACAUGGAUUGAAGAGUUAAAGGAUUUGCAGAAUCGGGGUCUUUUUACGGGUGACAAAUUAGACACUAAUCUGCUUCAGUUUUGUUUUAUGACAUUACUUCAGACUGAGUUGGACGAAGUAGCACGAGUGUGGAAUACGCAUUAUCUGCAGUCUAAAAAAACGGCAGAGGGAUCUAUUCGAGGUCGUCCAUCGAAUGUUUAUCUUUUUCCAGAGCUCUUACGAGUUCAAGAUUAUAUUCAUCCUAUUGACGAAGAAGUGCUUGAGCUUUGUAAGCUUGAAUGUACCAUCGAUCACGUGCUACCAUGUGAUGAAGAAAUAUUUGAACUCGGUUGUAUUUUCAUGGAAGAAUAUGACUUAGGCCCACCAUCAAACAUUAAUGAGGGAAAGACAAUUUACAUUGAUUUUCGUACCUGGAUCAUGAAUAUUAUGUAAAAAAGACGAAUAGUCUUAUAAUCAGAAUACUUCUACCACUAUUCUUAAAAUGUGUGCAAACAAUUGCAAUAUACUUUUGUAUAAUUAAUUUACAGUCGACAGAAAUUUGUUAACACAAAUAUUAAGAUUUAUUGCCUUGUAUCAUCUUAAAAUAGUAGAUUAUGGAUUGUUUGCUUUAUAGAUUAAAAACACAAUUUUUUUUUUCAUCAUUUUAAUUGCUUGACCUGCUGUAGUUAUAGAAAAAGUUCUUCCUUUCUAAAGUAAUUCCAAGCUUUCAGCUAAAAUCCAUGGUGUCUUAUUUUAUUUUUUAUUAUUUGACAUAUCUGCUGAAACUUAAAAAUAAUUUUUCAAUGCCAGAAAAAUAACAUUUUAUGAGUGAAAAAAGGUCAAAUAAUUGAGUAUGCAAUUUGAAACGUUUUAGUCACAAUUUUGAAGUGUCUUUUCUUAAAUAGACUUUAUUUAGUUCCCUGCUUUUUUUUGGAUAAAGAAAUUGAGGGAAAACGUCCAAUGUGUAAUUUUAUAUUGACACAAUGAAAAAAGGUCAAACUAAAUGUACUGUAACAUAAAAAAAGCAAUACAUUUAUGUAUAUACAUGGAAAAUAUGCCAGCAGAGUUAUUGCUAUUC